ACCUUUUUUUUUGGUAAUGCAGACAGUAUCUUAGCUGAGACAUGUUGUAUGGAGUCUCAUCUCCUCGUCUUUGUAGGGCUGUCUUAGAGAAAGUGAAAAUGUUUGUCUGAAAACAUGGCGCAGGUAAGUAGAAGUUAUCCGAAAAUCAGGGGAGGUAAGUGGAAUUUGGCAGGGUUUGAAAAAUGCUCUUGUAUUUGUGAUCGAUCUUUUGCCUCCACCGCAGAUGUUGCCUCUCAUCAAAUAUGUGAAAUCAAGCAACAGAGCUCUCUCCCUCCUAGAACUAUGUCUAACCAUGAGAGAAAUCAGACAAAUUCAAUCCCAUCUUAUCGUCUCCGGAACUAUUUGUGACCCUUAUGCCGCCGGCAAGAUCAUAGCUUUCUGCGCGAUCUCCGACCUUGGCGAUCUCAAUCACGCCUACCUUCUCUUUCGCCAUCUUCCCCACCGCACGACUUUCAUUUGGAACACCAUGAUUAGAGCUUUCGCUGAGAGAAAGGAACCCGCGAAAGCCAUUUUACUCUACAAACAAAUGCUACAGAGUGGCCUCUUACCGAACAACUACACUUUCUCCUUUCUCCUCAAAGCUUCAGUGGACCUUUCUAGUAUUUGGCUUGGGCUGAAAUUUCAUUCCCAAGUUGUUAGACUUGGGUGGGAGUGUUAUGAUUUUGUUCAGAACGGUUUAAUCCAUUUAUAUGCCAAUUGUGACUGCAUUGCUAACGCUCGAAAAUUGUUCGAUAGGAGUUUGAACCCUGAUGUUAUUUCAUGGACCGCCGUAAUUAGUGGUUAUUGCAAAUCUGGACAACUCGAAAUUGCUCGGCAGUUGUUUGAGAAAAUGCCCGAGAGAAAUGCUGUUUCUUGGAGUGCUAUGAUCACGGGUUAUGCUCAAGUUGGUAAGUUCAGAGAAUCUCUGGAGCUUUUUAACGAAAUGCAACAUGCUGGGUUCCAACCUAAUCAUGCUGGGAUUGUUGGUGCACUCUCUGCUUGUGCUUUUCUUGGGGCCUUGGAUCAAGGAAGAUGGAUUCACGCUUAUGUGGAUAGAAACAAGAUGGAAUUGGAUAGAAUACUGGGUACAGCUCUCGUAGAUAUGUAUUCUAAAUGUGGGUGUAUAGAUACGGCUCGUCAAGUCUUUAAUGAGAUGCCUGAGAGAGAUGUUUACACCUUUACUUCUAUGAUAUCAGGCCUAUCAAACCAUGGCCAGAGUGCAAGUGCCAUUGAGUUAUUUGUUGAGAUGCAAAAGGAAGGAGUUAAGCCAAAUGAGGUUACAUUUAUAUGUGUCUUAAGUGCUUGCAGUCGAAUGGGAUUGGUAGAAGAAGGGUUGAGAUUUUUCAAUAGCAUGACCGAGGUUUAUGCAAUUAAUCCAGGCGUUGAGCACUAUGGGUGCUUGGUGGAUCUAUUGGGGAGAGCAGGGAUGCUCGAGGAGGCAAAGAAAGUUGUAACAGAGAUGCCCAUGGAGCCUGAUUCAUAUGUGUUGGGUGCAUUGCUUAACGCUUGUAGAGUACAUGGCAAUGUUGAAUUAGGUAAAGAAACAGUGGGGAGCCUGAUGGAUCGGAGCCUUGAUCAUGGUGGGGUUCAUGUUCUCUUGUCUAACAUUUAUGCUUCAGCUAAUCAGUGGGAAGUUGUAGAAAUGGUAAGGAAGGGUAUGGAGGAGAAGAAUGUGAGAAAAGUGCCGGGGUGUAGCUUGAUUGAGGUGGACGGUGUAGUUCAUGAAUUCAUUGCAGGAGACAAGUCUCAUUUUGUUAUGGAGGAUAUCAUGUUGUUGUUGCUUGGAAUCAAUAAACAAUUAAAGUCUUUUGGGUUUGAUGAUGAUGAUGAUGAUGAAAUCGCCAUUGAACAAAUUCAUUUGUAGUGCAGCAUAUAAAUUGAUCUUGAUUAAGCUUUGAUUUGGGUGAUUAUUCCAAAUAAUACCCACAAUAUGUAAUGUUGAACCGGACUGCAAGGGGUUGAUAUUUCUGACUUGGUCUUGUAAAUCAACUGUCUGCAUUAAUACAGAAGGAAAAAAAACACCAUUACUUGCUCUAAUCCUGCUCAAAUGAUUUCCAAGUUACCACAUUCUGUCUCUCUCUCAUGCACUCUCUGUCUCUCACAGUCAACAUCGACCUCUUACCACGGGACUACAUCCCAGGACACCGGCAUCAAUAGAAACAUAGUACACAAAUGACUUGCAGACGCAUAUCAGAUACAGUAAGGAUGUUGUCUUUGCGGGGCUAGAACCAUCCAUUGAGGAUAAUGAGGAAGAGAAGAUGAUAGAGCAGCUGUGAGGUUUCUAUAAGCAGCAAGAGUUGGUUUGAGGGAUACCUCUGUUGUUGUUGUUAUACUUGAUACUGGUGAAGUAUAUAUUGUUGCCAGCUUGUCCACAAGGAGUGACACCCAGGUUAUUUAUAUUGACCCCACAACACGAUUACUUUGUUACAAUGGGUAGGUAGGAGUUGAUAUUUUCAGUUCUGAAGAUGAGGCUUUGAAUUGCAUUACAAAUGGAUCAAGGUGGUUUUGUAAGAGUAAAAUUUAUGCUAGAUCAGUACUGGGUUAUUCGUCCCUAGGGAGCUUUGGGUUACUUUCAGUUGCAACAAAAUUGACUGCCAGCAUACUACCAAAUUUGCCUGGUGGAGAUGUGUAUAUACUGUGACUGAGAGCCAAUGGAUCAAGGUUUCCGCUUCAAAUUCUUCAACCCCAGGGUAAGGGGGAACUAAAGAACAUCCAAGAAUUGUCUGAACUUGAUAUUGAUGGGAAGCACUACUUCUGUGAAACAAGGGAUAUAACUCGACCUUUUCCAAGCUGCAUGCCGUUACAGAAGCCAGAUGAUGAAUUUGUUUGGAACGGAUGGUUUUCAAUACCUUUCAAAGAAAUUGGGCUGGCACAGCACUGUGUAGUUCUUUUUCAGGUUCUUCUUCAUACUUGGUGCACUGAUUUGAUGAUUAAUUUUAAAUGUUAAUUCAUCCACUUCUUUCUGAAUUUAUUAAGGCUUCUAACAUUAUCUCUUUUGAAGUAUUAGUUAAGUGUUUUAUUUAGUA